AUGUCCCUCACUAACCUAGACACAACCAACCCAGCCACACCACCCACCGACCCCAACACCACAACUCUAACCCUACCCACCGACCACAUCGACGACCUCCCGACCAUCCCCUACACCCCACCCACAAUCUACACCCGCCCCCUAGCCAUCCUAGGCGCCGGCAACCUGGGCCGCCGCAUCGCUUGCAUCUUCUCCGCAGCGGGCCACACCGUCCACCUCCACGACCCAAGUCAAGGAGCCCUGCACUCCGCCCAACGUUACAUAACCGAGAACCUCCCACACUAUACGACCUUUCCCUUGAUCUCUCGCCCAGCAGGCCAAAUCCACCCCUUCUCCUCACCCGACAUAACCCCCGCAGUCAGCGACGCGUGGCUCGUUAUCGAAUGCGUACCGGAACACCUUCCCCUGAAAAUUGAUAUAAUGGGCGAGUUGGACGCCAAAACACCGCGCGACUGCAUUUUGGUCUCGAACUCAUCGGCGUUUCGGACGAGUUUCAUGGUGGAGAAGGUGUGUUGGGAGAGACGGAAGUUGAUGUGUAAUAUGUGUUUUGGGGCGUCGCCGUGGAUCCGGGCUGUCGAGUUGGGCGUGAAUGAGGGGGUUACGGAGGGGGAGGUGGUUAGGGUGUUGACGUGGGUGUUGGAUGAUUGUGGGAUGAUGCCGGUGCAGACUAGUAGGGUUGGGAGAGAUGGGGAGGGGGGGUUGGUGCGGAGUCAAUGUUUGAAUACUGUCAAUUGA